AUGGCGGCCACUGCCGACCUGCUGCGCGAGCUGGAGGACAUGACGUUCGACCCCGCCCUCGAAGGCUGCUGCCGCCGCGACGUCGUCGAGAACAUCAGGUCCGGCCGCGUGAAGCUCGCGCUGCAGGGCGCCGACCGCGCCGCGGCGCGCGCGCGGAUGCAGCAGCGGGCCGUGCUGCGGGACCCGGCCGCGGCAGCGGCGCUGCUGGCCUCGCGCCGGCGAGACGCCCCGAACCAUAGCUUGGGCGGAGGCGACGGCGACAGCAGCGGCAGCGGCGGCAGCGACCUGGAAGGGGCGGAUGGCGAGCUCGACCCCCGCACCAAGCCGCGCGCCGCGGGCGCGGGUGACGUGGGUGAUGCGGGUGACGCUGACCUGGACGCGCUGCGCGCGGCGCGGAUGCGGCAGCUGCGGGCUGCGGCGGCGGCGCGUGAGGGCGGGCGCGCGGCGGGGUACGGGCGGCUGAACGACGUCCGGCCAGAGAAGCUGCUGGUGGGUGCAGCAGGAUGGGCUUGUGUGUGCGUCUGUUGA